AUAUUAAUCUAUAUUUUUGGCCAUUGAGCCGAGUUUUGUAUUUUUUUACAUUCUAAGGUUUGUUUUCGUGCAAUUGAGCUAUAAAAUGGCGUCCUUUUGUCUGCUUUAUUUUACGGCUGUAGCAGUAUUGUUUUCUUUGGCAUUUUGCGGGGAAACGAAAAGAUUCCUAUUUUUCUACGACAAAGAAUCAAACUCGAUACUGUCUCAAGAAGUUCUCCGUUCUGAUCCUCCACCACCACAGUGGAUUGUCGAUGCUUCUUACACGGAUAACAUUGAGACAACAGGAUGGGCGGUUGGAGAAUAUACUACCAAUACAGAUCUUGAUCCACAUUUCCAAGCUUAUGCUGCAGGAUUUGCAGAAGGUUUUAUUACAUCUGACAGAAUCGCUCAAACAAGGAAUAAUACUUUGAAAGGAUUCUGUGAUAAGACACCAAUGAGUAAAUCCUGCAUAAAAAUUCAUGAUUUUUUGCAAGACAAUAUUCAGUGGAUGUUACAAAUGAUCAAAGAGAAUCUUGAAGAUAAAUUCUGGGAUGAAGUUAAGAAAGGUCUCCUGCAAGUACAAGGAUUAGAAGAUGGAUAUAAUAAUCUUGCAGUUUACAACCCUACGAUUCGUCUCAAACCGUUCGGAUUUUACCUUUCCCAACUCGGCGGAGACUUAGCAGCUCUUGAGGAUGCGCUCAACGUUAAGCAUUUCCGACACCAUGUGUUAGGGUCAGGUUCUUGUUCUGCAUUGGUAAAAUUAAUCAAAGAUAAAUCUGGAAAUACAGAUUUACUUGUUUCGCAUGAUACGUGGAACACUUACAACACAAUGUUGCGAAUGAUAAAACGUUUCAACUUUGGGUCACACUCAGAAGCGUUUUCUGGUUACCCAGGCGCUAUUUUCGCUGGUGAUGAUUUCUAUAUCCUUUCUUCUGGCUUGGUUGCCACAGAAACCACAAAUGGAAACAUGAAUCCUGAUCUAUGGAAAUUUGUUACCACAGAAACGAUCCCCGAGUGGUUAAGAAAUAUUGUAGCAAACCGUCUCGCUAUGAAUGGGAAAGAAUGGUGUGAAAUAUUCUCAAAAUAUAACAGCGGAACGUAUAACAACCAGUGGAUGAUUGUGGACUAUAAUCAGUUCGAACAGCAAUCAAAAACUGGUGUGUUGCAUGUUCUGGAACAACUUCCUGGUGAAGUAGUCUAUGACGAUGUCUCAAAUGUUCUUUUUAGUCAAACAUACUGGGCAAGUUACAACGUUCCAUAUUUUCCAAAAAUAUUCAACGAUUCUGGUUUUCCAGCAUUGGUGAAGAAAUAUGGCAACUGGUUCACACACGACAAGAGCCCUCGUGCAAAAAUAUUCGCUCGCGAUCACAAAAAAGUUGUUGACAUGGAUAGUUUAAUCAAAUUAAUGAGAUAUAAUGAUUACAAAAACGACCCAUUUUCGAAAUGUAAUUGCACCCCACCUUACAGUGCUAUAAAUGCUAUUGCCGCACGCUCCGAUUUGAAUCCUGUCGAUGGUGUCUACCCUUUCCCAGCUUUGGGUCCCCGGGCUCACGGAGCAUUAGACGUUAAAGCGACUUCUCAUUCAUUGCAGAAAAGUUUAAGCUUCGUUGCGGAGUGUGGUCCCACCCAUGAUCAACAGCCAGUAUUUGAAUGGUCAAAAUCCCAUUAUGCAAAUGUAUCUCAUCUCGGAAUGCCAGAUAAAUUUGAUUUUAGCCCUGUGUUGAUUGUAUGGGACAAGUAAUGUAUCAUGCUGUGGUUCUCAAACUUUUGUCAAGUUCCGCGCCCCACCUAAAAAAUACAAGCUAACGAUAAGCUAUAAAUAACCUUUAGUAAGGCGAGAAUAUCUUGUAUCAAAAAAACAUAUUGGAAAUAUGUGGACAUGAUAAAGAAAUGUAAAUAUCUUAAAUAAGGGUGGCAACAUCAAACCUAACAAAUAUUUUUGUUUUUAAUUCGCUUCACAUCCCUUCAAAAAUUGUCUAAUCCCCUGCUACCCUGUUUGAGAACUACAUCAUGUAUUUCCUAAGUUUAUGAUUUUAAAAUGAAAAUUUGUUUUAUUCAAAUCGUUUUAUCCAAAUUAACAAAGUUUUAGAGUAGUUUUUCAUGAGCGGAAACUUUCUCAAAGAAAGGUCUUGUGCACUCGCUCAGAAAUCCGAAAUGUAUGUAUUCCUUAGUUUAUGGUUUUAAGAUAAAUUUUUUAUAUUCAAAUCUUUUUAUCCAAUUUUCUCACAACGAGGGCAUGUGCGUUUGCUCGGAAAUAAAGGAAAUCAAUCUCCGAGCGAAGUUAAUGAUGAAUUCAUGUAUCUUUCUACUCGUACUCAUAUAUAUAGAUAUUUCUAAGAUGUCACAUAAACAGAAAGAUAAUAUGUCUAUGAAAUUUCUCUAGUCUGAUGUCAGGGUGUAUUCAUGGCCCUGGCAAAGUGCAUUGACACUAAAAUAUAAUGAGAUAAUUUGAUCGACUUUCUAUUUAGUAUUUUUUAAUUUUAAUAUUUUAACAAAGUUUUAGAGUUGAGUUUCAUUUGUUAAUUUUCUUUAGUGAACCAUAUUUUGAGAAAAUUGCUCAAAGAAAUUAGAAGCUCACUCACUCAGAAAUAAAGAAGAUUGAUCUCUGAGCUAAGUUACAGGCGAGCAAUAAAUGCCAAAAUCUAUUUAUGAAUCAUUCUAAAUACAAAUUUUUAAAUUCUAGCUUUCUUAAGUGUGUUGUCUGUGUAUAUCUGUGGCCUUUGUAAUUUUCAAAACUCAUAAAAUAAAAUUUCUUAUCCAUAUUCUUCUCAAACCAUUCGUUUAUUACUUUUCCCAACUCGGCAGAGACUUGUCAGCUCUUGAAUAUGCACUCAAUGUUGGGGCUCGUGUCAUUUUCAAAUAACUCGUAAAAUAGAAAUUUGAUUCACUUUCUACCUAUUUAGUGUCAUCCAAGCGGAUAUCUACAAUAUGAUAAUUUGGGCAUUGGAACACUUUAUAUCGAAACCAUGGUUUCAGCCAAUUAAAAUAUAGUUUAUGUGAACAUAACAAAUUUUGGUUAUUGGAAUCAAAAACAUCAAAUAUUAAUUUUUAACUUUGUUUAAACUAAGUUUGCCUGGAGCUAAUGAGCUCUGAACAUUCUCCAAUAAGACAGAUUUGUUCUCAUUAUGCAAAUUUUGUUGAGUUCAGUCUUCUCCCAAUUACUUUAGAAAAUAGGAUUUUGUAUCUUCUCGUUGCACUUUAAUAUUUUAUCAUAAAUCGUGUUUUAGCCGUUUCUUGCCAAUUUUUAGCAUUUCAUUGUCAAAUUUCCAAAAGUUCAUUUUCAAGUUAUUUCUUUAUUGCAAUUUAGCACUUAAAAAUUGUUGCCAUUUUAUUAAUGUUCAGUGCAAUUAUUUUAUUGGGGCCUAUUUUAUUUUAAUGAUGUUUCGAUCUCAAUUUAGCCGGAAAUAAAUAUAUUUAAAAGCAAGCCUAACAUGGCAAAACAAAAA